AUGAGACACGUCUCGAAAACACCCUCACUUCAUGAGACUGAGGAGCUUUCUCGCCCGGAGAACAAGGGCCUCAAGGCGGCCCUGCAGCUGCUGGAGGGAGUGAAGGAGCGUGUGGACAAAGACGCCAAGGGCGGGCCCCUGUCAUACGCUGACCUGAUUCAGUUCGGAGCCCAAGCGGCCGUGAAGACCACGUUCCUGGCAGCAGCCACGCGCAAGGCAGGGGGGGAUUACACCAAGGGGCUCAACCUCUACUUCGCCAUUGGCUCCCCCGGACAGUGGGGAUUCUUUGACAAGCAGCUGGGCCGGGCCGACGCGGAGCAAGCAGACCCGGCAGGGCGAGUCCCAAACUGGGAGCAGCUCAGCGCAGCGGAGAUCAAGGAGAAAUUCGCCGCCCUGGGGCUGAGGCCCCGCCAGGUGGUGACCCUGGCGCUGUUCCUGGGGCGGGACUUGGAGGCUGUGGAGGCGAAGUUGGAGGGGGAUGAGGAGAUGAGCAAGUGGGUGGCCAAGUACCGGAAGAGCCGCACCACCGUGUCCCAGACUGACUACGAGGUUGAUCUGAUUGGGGCAUUUCUGAAGCUGUCUUGUCUUGGGGCACCCAUCAAUACCGAGGCUUACACCUAUGAACCACCCAGGGUGGAGUUCAGGUUGUAG